AUUGGCGGCGGUGGUGGCGGCGGCGGGCGCGGCCGCGGCGGGGCGGGCGCGGAAUGAAGGCCCGCGGCCCUGGGGGCUGAGGCGCCCGCCGCCUGGGCCCGGCCGCGCGUCCUCAUGGAGGCCGGAGAGGAGCCACUGCUGCUGGCUGAACUCAAGCCUGGGCGCCCCCACCAGUUCGACUGGAAGUCAAGCUGCGAGACCUGGAGCGUGGCCUUCUCGCCAGACGGUUCCUGGUUUGCCUGGUCUCAAGGACACUGCGUGGUGAAGCUGGUCCCCUGGCCCUUAGAGGAACAGUUCAUCCCUAAAGGAUUCGAAGCCAAGAGCCGAAGCAGCAAGAAUGAUCCAAAAGGACGGGGCAGUCUGAAGGAGAAGACGCUGGACUGUGGCCAGAUUGUGUGGGGGCUGGCCUUCAGCCCGUGGCCCUCUCCACCCAGCAGGAAACUCUGGGCACGUCACCACCCCCAGGCACCUGAUGUCUCUUGCCUGAUCCUGGCCACAGGUCUUAACGAUGGACAGAUCAAGAUUUGGGAGGUACAGACAGGGCUCCUGCUUCUGAAUCUUUCUGGACACCAAGACGUCGUGAGAGAUCUGAGCUUCACGCCCAGUGGCAGUUUGAUUUUGGUCUCUGCAUCCCGGGAUAAGACUCUUCGAAUCUGGGACCUGAAUAAGCACGGUAAGCAGAUCCAGGUGUUAUCCGGCCAUCUGCAGUGGGUUUACUGCUGUUCCAUCUCCCCUGACUGCAGCAUGCUGUGCUCUGCAGCUGGGGAGAAGUCGGUCUUUCUGUGGAGCAUGCGGUCCUACACGCUAAUCCGGAAACUAGAAGGCCACCGCAGCAGUGUUGUGUCCUGUGAUUUCUCUCCUGAUUCUGCCUUGCUUGUUACAGCUUCCUAUGACACCAGUGUCAUUAUGUGGGACCCCUACACCGGCGAGAGGCUGAGGUCACUUCAUCACACGCAGCUUGAGCCCGCCAUGGAUGACAGUGAUGUCCACAUGAGCUCGCUGAGGUCGGUGUGCUUCUCCCCUGAAGGCUUGUAUCUUGCGACAGUGGCAGACGACAGGCUGCUCAGGAUCUGGGCUCUGGAACUGAAGGCUCCGGUGGCCUUUGCUCCGAUGACCAAUGGUCUUUGCUGCACAUUCUUCCCACACGGUGGAAUUAUCGCCACAGGGACGAGAGACGGCCAUGUCCAGUUCUGGACAGCUCCCCGGGUCCUAUCCUCACUAAAGCAUUUAUGCAGGAAAGCCCUUCGAAGUUUCCUGACAACAUAUCAAGUCCUAGCACUGCCGAUCCCCAAGAAGAUGAAAGAGUUCCUCACGUAUAGGACUUUGUAGCAGUGCCAGCUCCCCCACCUCCUGCAGCAGCAGCAGUACAAGGGACUGGCUAGGAUGGAGCCAGGCAGCUCACACUGGACUAGUGUGGACCUCCCUUCCUCCCAUGGCAUGUGCAAACAGGUCUGCGUGACUCCACUUCUGUGGUGCCGGCCUUACCUCGCCUUCAUCCGUGGUGAGCAGCCUUCGUCAGUCUCGUGUUGAAGCCAAGUGGAGUUGUGGAUGUUGCUGGGGUAACAGGCGGCCAAGACACACUCCCUUAACUGGGAAAUGUCUGCUGCGUAGGGCCUUUCUGCUGCCUGUUUCCAGUCAGCGGCUGCAUGGUUUGAAGUUCCUCCAUUGUGGUCAGAGGAACUCUGGCGUUUGGUUCCUUGCUCAGCUGUGCUUGAACUGGGCUGUGCUCACCAUACACUAGUGCCGGCUUUUAUUUCCUGUAAACAGUGGUUGCAUGUGUAGGAAGUGACAAGCGAGUAUUCAGAUCCUACGAGGAGGUAUUCCUCGGCGCAUGACGGUCAGAUGGCCNUUUAUCAGCAUAUUUAUUUGUAUUUUUUUUUCUCAGCAGAUAGUAAGGUACAACUGUGUUUGCUCAAUUGUCUCUAAGAACCAGAGUUGUUAAGUGGCCCAGCUGUGGAGCCAAGUCUUAAGUCGUGUGAGGCUAGUGCUGUCAUCACUGGCUCGUGCUGUUAGGUGUGUUCGUCUCUGCUGCUUGACCUCACAGGAUGUACCCUCCAGCUCAACUGCCCAAAACAGACAGCCCCUUCCAAGCACCGUUCUUUGACAGCGGUAGCAGCUACCUAUUGAAGACGCCUCACACAAAAAUCUGCCUUAGGAAAGUUAAUAUAUUUUAAAUUAUUUUAAAAGAAA